ACGUAGUGUUUAAUUUUUUUAAAAUGUCUUUAGCAUUACACACUAAACCCAGAUAAAUCAAUCAAAUCAUGCGAGUACAUUCAGUAUUUGUUAUUUUCUCUAUUAAUCUUUAUCAGGUUCUAGUAUGUCUAGGCUUGUAGAAGCCGUAUGGUAGCAUUUUAUUCUGAACAUACAUAUCAUGACUCUUAAAUACUAAAAUAACUUCCUGAGUCAAAACAGUAGCAACAACAACGUAGGUACACAUCUCUCUGCUUAGUUCUUUUCUCACAAUAUUGUAUUUUACUGAAGAUGUAUUUAUAAUCAUUUUAUUUUGCGUAGCAGUAGCACUUUGCACAAAAUUGAAAAAAAUAUUUCUCGCAUUAGGAGCACUUGGAGGAUGUUGUUUGUUUACAUAGCUAUGAUCGUAUCCAACACCCUGAAUGAGGAGAAGACUCUUAAUUCUCAAGUAAAUCAUUCAUACUUUUUUAAUAUAGCCUACUGCCAUUCGUCGAAGUGCAUGCCUAAUCUAAUCUAACUGAGUAUAACGAUGGAACAACAAAAAGAGUUGGACCAUAAAGUCAACAAGCUGAAGAAGAGUGUGCAGGAAAUAGAACAGGACAUUCAGGUUUUGGAAGACCUGCAAAACGAGUAUGACUUCAAGAGAAAGACUUUGGAGGGUCAAGUGGAGGUUGAAACAAAGGGUCAGACAACGAAAGAGAACCAACCUGAGGAGAUGACCAUUAGACAAAUGUUUACUAGCCUAAACAUAAAAAGAGAGGUGGUGAUAAAGGAAAUGGCUAAUGUACUGACUCUAGCAGAGCAGAUCCAGCUCACACUCAUAUCAGAUGAGUUACCCGAGUGGAAGAAGCGGCAGCAGAUGGCUUGCAUCGGUGGUCCGCACAACACUUGUCUGGACCAGCUGCAGAGCUGGUUCACAGUGGUGGCAGAGUGUCUGCAGCAGAUCCGUCAGCAGCUGAAGAAAGUUCAGGAAUUGGUGCAGAAGUUCACCUACAACAACGACCCCCUCACUCUGGGCAAGAGCCAGCUGGAUGAACAGGCCCUUUCACUCUUCAAAAACCUUAUAUUAAAUUCUCUUGUGGUGGAGAGACAGCCGUGCAUGCCGAUGCAUCCCCAGAGACCCAUGGUGUUGAAGAUUGCAGUUCAGUUCACGGUCAAGAUCAGACUAUUAGUCAAACUUCCUGAACUGAACUGUCAACCCAAGGUGAAAAUAUCUAUUGACAAAGGUCUCUCCGAGAUGGAUACAGUGAAAGGUUUUCGGAAUUUCCUUUUGUUAACCAAUCAUACCAAAGUUAUGAACUUGGAUGAAUCUACUGGAUGCCUAGCAGCUGAGUUCCGUCAUUUGAUCUUAAAGGAGAAGAGACCUAGCAACAAAACAAAUGAGUGGUCUCUCGCUGUGUAUGAGGAGCUGCACUUAUUAAGUUUUGACACGCAGCUCAUUCUGCCUGAUCUAUGCAUUGAUUUAUCGGUCACAUGUCUUCCUGCGGUGUUGAUCAAUGCUAUAUGUCCGCAGUCUAGUGCUUGGGGCUCCAUCUUAUGGUACAACAUGCUCUGCAGUGAACCCCAUAAUCUGACGUUCUUCUUGAAUCCGCCACCAGUGAAAUGGGAGCAGCUUUCAAAAGUCAUAAGCUGGCAGUUUUCUUCGGUCACGAAACGAGCGCUGAACUCUGAGCAGCUGAGAAUGCUGGCCAACAAACUUCUUGGUCAUGAAGCCCAAGGUGACCCAGAGGGACUCGUUCACUGGAAUACAUUUUUUUGUACAUCUGGUGAGUGUGGUGGCUCACUCUUGCAGUGGAUAUAUGAACAUCUGGAACUUACUAAAAAAUAUGUACUCAACAUUUGGAAUGAUGGGUAUAUUAUGGUUUUUUUGAGUCAAGAGAGAGAGAAGGCUUUAUUGAGAGACAAACUCCCAGGCACUUUUCUUCUGCGCUUCAGUGACAGCUGUCAUUGUGGAGGAAUUACCAUCACAUGGGUGGAGCAUUCACAGGACGGUGAACCUGUGGUCCGUUCAACAAAGCCAUACACAAGAGUAGAUAUGAAUAGAAUACCUUUACCAAACUUCAUCCGUGACUAUACCAUCACCACUGGAGAGAAGGAUCCAGUGAAUCCCCUCAACUACCUUUACCCAGACAUCCCAAGAGACGUCGCCUUUGGUCGCUACUAUACCAGCGCAUCUGAUGCUCUAGGAGGGAUGAAUGAAAAUCCAGGACAGUACUACAGCACAUCUGGACAUGUUCUUGUGAAUUGUCAGGGUCAUCUGACCUAAAGGAUUUAAGCUUUGAACUGGUAGAACAUUAAGUUAGCAAUGCCAAGCUUGUGGGUUUGAUUCCCAGAGAACUGAUAAAAUGUAUACCAUGAAGUUGUUUUGGAUCCAAUGCAUAAAUGUAGAAAAAUAAUCUUGUUAUUGUGUUAGACGAGUAUCUCUUUUACUUUUGCUCAUGGUUAUUAAAUUUCAGAGCAUAACUCAUCUUGUUUCAGCUCUGACCAUGACAACUGAUUGUUGAAGUUGUGCUAUUACUUUUUAAGAUGUAGAUAUACAUUAAAAAUACAGUGGACAAAAUUACAUAAAACACUGAAAUUCUGCUUCGGUGAGGUUAUUUGUAUGAGAAAAUGACACGCUUUUAAUUAUCAACACUUUUUUUUUAUUAUUAUUAUUAUUGCACAUAAAAGCUAAAUCUUUAUCUACCAUUGCUUUAAUUGUACAUGUACACACACCAACUUUAGUCAGCCAGAUACAGUGUAAUAUAAAUCAGAAAAAAUAUCUGCUUCAAUCUGAUUGUAUCUAGGUGAAUACUGAAAAGUGUUAAAGUGUCUUUAAAAUAGUUUACAUUCAUUACUUUGACAUGAACUUUUUCAUUUUUGUCCAACUAUCUUCAAGUGUUUGGUCCGAGUGAACAGGUUUGACAUCUUUCCACUGCUAACACAAAUGUCUUUAGAAACUACAUUUACAGUAAUUUAACACUUCAUCAAUUCAAAUACAUGGUGAUAAUAUAGAAUAUUGUAUCCAAUAAAAUGGUGUGAAUGAUGUAAA